AUGCCUUACUCUCGUUCCGCCUACAACUCCCACCCCCAGUCACCAGGGAGCUACUCGGGCAGCAACUCGGGCUCAAGGAGUCAUCGUCACCAGCGCGGUGCCCGAUCCUAUGACGGCCGUUCCUCCUUCCGGCAGCCAAGCCCUUUCCCGGAGUCGAGGAGAUCCGAAGGGAACAGGGUUCCCCACGGCCGUGAGGCGCCACGGACUCCGCGCUCAACGUACGGCACUUACAUCUUGCCCCUGGAGGCACAAGGCCAGUACCGGACCAUGGAUCCGACAAAGUGUGGCUGUAACUGUUGCCCGCAUCCUACGAGCGUAUCGGGAGGUCAUGAACAUCGGUACCAGGAGACGCCCAACUCGCGGUCUUCGGUGCGGCCUUCGUCUAACGGACACCAGCGAUCAAGCUCAUCCCGUUAUCGUAGCAGUGACAACUAUAGCAACCACAACCACAACCACGACAACCACGACAGCCACAGCAGAAGCAGCACCAACAGCUUGCCCAACUUCUCACGCAAGCGUCGAAACUCACAGGGCAGGUACCUCGUCGACGUCGUGGAUAAGUCAAGCGGCUCGCUGAACCGGGAGCACGGCCGCUUCUACCCCAUCUCCCUCAACCAGCACUCGACCAGCGCAAGUGUCGAAGCCUUCUUGGUGCCCGACGGGCGCCGCGCCAAGGUUAUCGUCCACUGGGGCAACGGGCAGACGGAGCGGCUCGGGAGCGGGAUCCCGAUGCAGGAGCUGCUGCGGCACGCAGACUACCUUGAAGUCAAGGACAAGAAGCAGGUGCACUGGGCAUAG